AUGUUAACAAAAGUAACGAAGCACCGGCUCUACUACAAGCAUAUACGGGUGGAGCUUUCUCCAGAAAUCUGUCAAGAACCGAAAGAGGAAGGCCAGUGUGGUGGUACUUUCCCGCGAUACUGGUACAACCAUGAAAAAAAGACGUGUGAACGUUUCAUUUUCACGGGAUGUAAGGGAAAUCGUAACCAGUUUGAUACCGAAGAUGAGUGCAAACGAGUAUGUUUUGAAGGUUAUGAAAAAUCGUCAGUACCGAAUCAUCAGCUUAUCGAGGAAUUCGGAAUUGCAGACGUCAACGACGGCGGAGCACCUAUCCCGUGCGAGAUGAACGAAUGGACUCCAUGGGGAAACUGCUCUGUUACCUGUGGACGAGGGAAACGAACUCGGACUAGACAAAUAAAAGUUUUUCCACGAAACGGAGGCACGCCGUGUCCAGAACACUUGAUUCAAGAGCUCAGAUGUGAGCUGCGACCUUGCCCGUCAUCUGAUUGCCGAGUAGGCACAUGGUCGAGAUGGUCACGUUGUUCGGUCAGCUGCGGCGAAGGUGUCCAAGUGCGGAGGCGUCGCGUCCAGAAAGGUCGAACCGGUGACUGGGAAGAAGCUGAGUGUCGUGAGAAAGAAGUCGAGGAACGAAUGUGUCGAUUACCCUGUCCUCGGGUGUAA